UAUAAGUUAUGAUUUGUGUUUGAGUGGUUGGCAAAAGCAGGGUUCUUGUUUCCGUUCCGCUGUCUUUCUUUCCUUUCUGAAAUUCGUCGCGAGUUAGUCGACAUGAGUUCUCUUAAGCUGCAAAAAAGGCUUGCUGCCUCUGUUAUGCGAUGUGGUAAGAAAAAGGUUUGGUUGGAUCCAAAUGAGAUAAACGAAAUUGCCAAUACCAAUUCCCGUCAAAACAUCCGGAAGUUAAUCAAGGAUGGUUUGAUUAUCAAAAAGCCUGUUGUUGUGCAUUCUCGCUACCGCGUUCGUAAGAACACUGAAGCUCGUCGCAAAGGUCGUCAUUGUGGUUUUGGAAAACGAAAGGGUACUGCGAAUGCUCGUAUGCCUACAAAGUUACUAUGGAUGCAAAGACAACGGGUUUUGAGACGCUUGCUAAAAAAGUACAGAGACAACAAAAAGAUUGACCGUCAUUUGUACCACGACUUGUACAUGAAGUGCAAGGGUAAUGUUUUUAAAAACAAACGUGUUUUGAUGGAAUACAUCCAUAAAAAAAAGGCGGAGAAACAACGCAGUAAGAUGCUUGCGGAUCAAGCCGAGGCCAGAAGACAUAAAGUUCGUGAAGCAAGAAAGCGCCGUGAAGAGCGAAUUGCUGCCAAAAAGCAAGAGCUCUCCAAACUACACGCUAAGGAAGAUGAGAUAGCCGCACAAGCAGCGACCACAGGUCCAAAAAAAUAAAGCUUAUGAAUACAUUAAUACGUUGAGAAAGUGAACAUUAAAUGUAUUUAGUACUCUGGAAUA